AUGCCGCAUGUCGCGGUGCGCCGCGGCGCGUCGCCUGCCGAGGGCGCUGCGUACGAAGGCCAGACGUAUACUCUUUUGAGUGGGCGUGUGCAGACCUCUAAAGAUAGUCCGUGGAUUAUUGUGACGACGCUCGUCCUCUUUCUAGCGGUGCCUGCGAUGUGGAUCGGGUGGGAAGCCAAAUUUGUUUGGCUGCAUGUGAGCCCUGCGGUGGUGAUCCUCGGCGCGUUUUUUUGGCUGAAUGCGAUUGCGGCGAUGUUUGUCACUGCGUUCCGCGAUCCUGGUGUGCUUCCGCGGCACGUGGACCCCACGCCCGAGCGCGAGGCGCCCGAGCAGUCGCCCUUUGACAUUGAGCCGCCGCUCGGUGCGCCGAAAGAGAUCGACGUGCCGCUGAAGCGUGUCGACGAUGGCGGCGACCCCUCCCAAGGCAUCGAGAUGCUCUUUGCCCGAAAGUGGUGCAAUGCGUGCCAGGUGUAUCGCCCCCCCCGCUGCAGUCACUGCCGCUCGUGCGACAACUGCGUCGACGGCCUGGACCACCACUGUGUCUUUCUUAAUGCGUGCAUCGGCCGCCGCAACUAUACGACGUUCUAUGCGAUGCUCUUUCAUAUGCUCGGCGUGAGCUGGAUGGGCUUGGUCGGGUGUAUCCUGCACCUGUACCGCCUCGCGAGCCCCCGCACGCCCGGCGCAGAGCGUGGGUUCGUCCAUGCGCUCAAGGCAUCGCCGUCGAGCGUCGCCUUCUUCUGGCUCGCGCUCGUGUGGAUGAUCCCCGUGGCCUGCCUCUUUAUCUACCACACGUGGCUCCUGCUGCGCAACCGGAGCACGGUCGAGCAGAUCCGCCUCGAGACCACGCACCAGCUCUACGAUAUGCACGCGCCGUCCGGCGAGUGGAUGCACGACAACGCCGUGCUGCGUAAGAUGAGCGCAUGCUCGGCGGCGAUCCGUGCGCAGUGUGUCCCCAAAGACUUUGCGACGCCCCCGCCGAACGCUGCAAAUACCACCGCCCGCGCACGGCGGCGCACACCGUUCCAGUACGCGAACUGGGCGCGCAACGCGUACGUCGUCCUCGGCCGGCCGGUGCCGGGGCGCUACCGCCCCGGCGCCUCCUUGUAG